AUGAUCUUCCAGUACGCUAUUUGCGUAUUCGCUGUGCUAUGCGGCUACGUCCAGUCUCUUCUCAUGUUCGACAGAGUGGAUUCGGAAAAUGCAUGUCUUCUCGCGAUGUGUGAUGCCGAUUCUGGAUGCGUCCCGAAGGGAUGUUCUAUAGAUCAAAAUAAACGUAUUGGUUGUGGAUAUUUCCGCCUUAAUAUCUAUCAAUUCAAGCAAUGUUAUCAACCGGGAAAGAAGGAAGAUGAAGACGAAGAGAUAGCGUGGAUCAAUUGUGCUGAGGACUAUCAUUGCUCGGCAGAAUGUAUUCGAGUAUUAGGAAGCCGUUACCGAGUGAAGUGUUAUGGAAAAUCUGACUGCGAAACAUUGGCUCGUAUUCACGAUGGAGGAGCGAAUGGAUGUCGUGACAGAAAUACCGCAUACUAUUGGAAAAAAGUUGGCGACAUUUGCGGUGGACGAUGCAAUCGGCCAAUCUUUGUACGACAUUAA